CCGUCUUCAUGGUACAAUCACCGAACAAACAUGUAGCAACCUUGGCAACCGCAGCUAUGGCGGAGGCAAGAAAGUGGUCAAGAUACGCACGCGGGAAGACUAUUUAUGCGGCCUAUCAAUAAGCGAACUAAAGGCAAAGUCAGUGUAUUGAAUCUAACAAUAAUACCUAACUUGUCUAUCAGAAUAACUAGGCAAUACUUCCGAUUCUGCUGUGAUUCAACUAUGGGCGGACUAUUAGAGCCCAAUAUUGCUGAGCGUGGUAGUUGGUGUUCAUAUGCGCGAAAGCUGCGCCAAUUGAAUUGGUUUCUGCCGACGAAAAAGGAAAAGUAGACGCGCCAUUUUAGUAGCAACGACAGCGUCAACAUCAAUAAUAGCGCCAUAUUGUCGAACAGUUGAGUUGCAUAGUAACAUAGCCACAGCCCCCCUCAACCGUAGUAACGGUUUUGGGUUCUGAAAUCAACAAGACCAAAAACGGCCAGGCACAGAACGCUGUUUCGCACUGCGUUCAGGGUAUUAGAUGAUACAAGCACGUUGCGUGACAGUACUACGAUCGGCGAAGUCGCCCUCGCGAGAGGAACGGCGUCGGCGGAAUGGAGAGAGGUGGCCAUCGCCAGAAAGAUUCAGCCGAAUGGGGAAACAAUCAGUGGUUCCGCUGGAACAAUAAUGGCAGCAGGAGGGAUAGCAUCGAUAUUGCUGUUAUAGAUGCUGUUAUUAAUGCUACAGAAACGGUGGCUGCUGGUGCACCGGUGUCAAUGUUUCAAGCUUCGCGUCUGGAGAAGUAUAGUUGUAAAUGAUUGGCUUCUUCUAGUGCGAGACGAAAAUUGUGUGUCGCGUGAAAAAUACGCCGCUUUGCCCCUACACCUCUGUUAGAUUUAAGUGAAACCAGUUUGCGUCGACGCUAACAUAACGCAAACUGCUAGUACUAUUCUACUAUACCGGUGAUGCACGUAUCACCGUGGCUGGAUCGCAAUGGUGCGAGUCAGUGGCCUGCCUGACAGAAGAGCGAUACGCACCGUUGGCUGGCUGUCUCUACGACCUGGCUAUGUCGCUAUCGUACCAUAAAAAAACCAAAGCAAAAAGGGAGACAUAGAGCAACGACGACGACAACUAGCGUUUGGGCUGCUGCCACGACCGCUGUGAAGUGCCUCUCUUACUGAACGUUCCCGACGUUGUUAGCGAAGUUGCAUAGAUUCGCCGGCGUCAGAUCCUCUGGCGUCGUCAGACUGUGCGGACGUUCGUAUAUUCAUUUGUCAGGCGGGUCAAUUUAGCGGCCACAACAGUGUAGUUUGACAUAUGAGAGCUAUUAGAAAUGGAAAAGCGAGGAACUCAAGGAGUCUUAGAGUGGAGCAGAUAGAUCUGCAGAAGCUUGUUAAUAGUGGCUUUGAUAGAGGCUGUAGCCGGCGGUAGAAAACUUUUCACAAGCGAGAAAUGGAUAUAAAUGAUUACGCCAGAAACAUUGGCGGGGGAGACGUCAUCAAAACGAUCGGAAUUCAUAAAUUACAUAGGUUGGGCUUGACAACUCAGCGGACGGCAUCACUAUACUGAACUAGUAAAGAACGCCCGGGCAAGAGAACUUUGAGCUAUGUUAUGGUGCUUGUUACGCGUUUAUAGUGCACACGAACAAUCCUAACUGUGUGUUUGUGAACGGGAUAAACAUAGCCUAGCCCAGCGGUCUGUGGCAAGUUCCUCACUGAUAUUGACUGACUCUGUUUAUAGAGGGCCGGUGCCAGCAAAACGCGACGUAGAUCCGAGUUUCGAGAUCUAACGACGUACGGCGAUACGUUCGUGGUAUAUAGGAUCGGUGUCGGAUAAGUAGCGUUCAGCCGCUGGCGAGAAAUGAAGCCUCUGUUACUUAAAGAGCUGUGGAAGAUGUAUCGUUAGCAGAACGCGCUACAACGACAGUACAAUGGCCAAAGAACAAAACGCUACGGAAAACGUUAGUGGAACAGGUUGUAGAACGGGUGAUUACUGCUACUGGAAUAGUUUCAGGCGAUAGAGUGCUGAGGUUCAAACAGUUCAUAUCUAUGUGCUGGUUUGCUAUCCACGAAAUGCUAUAAAGAAUUUAUGUGUAUGAAAAACGCCAGUAUAUCUGACAAUUUCACUAAUGUCUGACAGUUAACAAAAGUUAUACGGAGUGAGCAGAGAGACGACAACAACACGACAUAAAUCGCGUGGACACCUCAGAGCUGAUCAAGUCGCUAGGUAAAGCUACCAAGCUUAAUUAGAUCAGCGUUGGCUAUUUGACGUCCUAGCGCGGACAAGCGAAAGGCCUUGUAUGGAGAUGAUUAGAUGAUUCAAGUUUUGGAUGCGCACUGUGAAAUCACACGCAAUGGACAGUUCAAUUCUAGGCUAGAAAAGUUAAUCGGCAGUAAUGAGGAGUUUGUGCUUAGUUAUAAGUUACGUCCUACACAUUAUUAGAUAAAGCUUCUGGUCAUGAAUUUUACAUUUGUACCGUAACCCACAAGGGCGUGUUUCUGCGACCGAAUGUCUGCUUGCGCUUGAACGCCUUGCGCGAAACGCAAGCCAGCCCAGUUCGUUUAUCGGCCGUCCCUUAGGUCUUUGACGUGGGCAAAAACAAAGAUAAAAAGCAAACUAGACCCUCACUCCAAGUUUCCUUUUCCCCUAUCGGCCUGAAUGAACAUACAAAAUAUCGCCCAUGCACUGGGACCUCUGUCCUCCCCUUCAGCUAUUGUCACAGAGUAAAUUUCAAGCGACGGUUACAACCUAAGUACGUCUUGUCAACGAAUGGAAGUUCCGAACGCAAGUUCACUGAUAGCAGCCCCAACAGAUAAUGUACCGAAGUUGGGCCAUCAUCAUCAUCAACCACCCAUUACACAUGUUGACAGCGAAUAGUGUUAGUCAGAAAUAUAAAAACGGUUCGAUAUAACGGUGUUUGUCCAUAGACGAUGUGUGAGUGUUAUAUGAAAAUACGGAUACAUUAAGCCAGAGAAAAAGGAGUGAAAUAGAAAAACAACUUUAAUCUCUACAAGCCCUUAAUCUGCAAGCGAAAAGUGUUCGUAUUCUAUAGAGAAUUAGCGAAAAAAAUUUGUCACAUUGCGACGCUUAUACCGUAGUUGGCCAAUAGACAUCUUGCUGUUGAUAUACGCAAUACGUGUGUAUUGCUUCUAGCGGAUGGUCGUUGUUUGUCGAGCUUUAUCUGUUCCCCUUUGAGUACGUUGAAUACGUUUGGGCUUGAUAGAACAUACGUGAACGGUACUGCAGCUUGCUCAAGACGCAUGUGGACCCAGCAUGUAAAAACGUGCCUUUUAUAGGGGAUGCAAAUAACAAAAAAAAGCCACGGCGAGCGUCACGAUGAUGGAUGUGCUUAUUGUGUAAUGAGAGUACGCAAUGACAUAACCGAUACUUUGGCGAGCAAACAGCUCGCGUUAUACGUGUUCCGACUAAACCCAAUGAGCUUGAUUACGUUGCUGCAAUGACAAAAUGGCUUAAUUAAAAAAACCGGACCAUUUGGUUUCUAGAGGAUUCGUCUCAGCAGUCGCGUAUAGUUCUUAAUUGUAGUGGACGUACUACAAAGGGAUUUAGGCUUUGACCUCUUAACUAAAAGUACUAUUCGACACUUGAAGUGAUAGCAGCACGCAUUUACUAAGCUGUUGCAGCAGGUGAUCAUCUUGUUACGUUAGCGGACAAGUGGAAAAGUGCUCAUUAUAAAACGCUACAAUGACCCAAAGUAGCUCCACAACCGGGCUGGCAGGAGGUUCACCAAAUUACCGAGAGCAUCAUCUUGUCGAUCCUGGAUCUAAUGGACUCUCUCUCGACACAUUUAAAGCGAUGGCGAAGGCUUUCGUGGUUGGGUUUCUUGCCUAUCUUAUAGGUUAUUUCAAUUUGUCUCUUUCUUGGCUGGUGCUGGGAUCCGUAGCAUACGCUGUGCGCUACCACCUGCGACAGCAGAUGAAAGCCAAGGCCUCGCUGCGAAAACUUGUACUCGAUAAAAAAAAUAUUUCGAUGCUGCUCGAGGACCUUCCAAGCUGGGUAUACUUUCCAGACACAGAGCGGUGCGAAUGGCUUAACAAGAUGUUGGGCCAGCUAUGGCCGUUCAUUGGACAAUACGUUCAGGAAAUGCUCGUCGAGGUAGUCGAACCUUCUUUACGAGCUUCUUUACCCAGCUAUCUUCAAAGCUUCAAAUUCGAGACGAUCGACCUUGGUGAUAUUUCACCGCGUGUAGGUGGAAUAAAAGUUUACAGGGAAAACAUUGGCCGCAACGAGAUCAUCAUGGACAUGGAUCUCAUUUAUAGUGGCGACUGCAGCUUCGUGAUCAAGAUCAAAGGCUUUAAGGCCGGCAUACGCGACGUCCAACUUCGUGGACUUUUGCGCGUUGAGCUGCGACCGCUCACAAAACAGAUUCCACUUGUGGGAGGAGUAACUGCUUGUUUUCUUCGGCCACCGUUGGUGGACUUCACGUUGACGAACGUCGGAGAAAUUAUGGAGAUUCCUGGUGUCAACGACCUGCUCAAGAAAGCCGUUACCGACCAAAUCUCUCAAGUGCUAGUUCUACCGAAUAAGUACACAUAUCGGGUGAUCGAAAGUGUUUCUGCUCAUACGCUCAAGUAUUCUUUACCGUCUGGCGUCCUUAGAAUUCAGGUUAUCGAGGCCGCUAAACUUGUAAAAGCUGACAUCGGCAUGCUGGGGAUGGGGAAAAGCGAUCCGUAUGUAGUGUUGACAGUUGGAAAGACGGAAUUCCGAACGCAGGUUAUUCCCUCAACGAUUACGCCCCGGUGGGAUUUUUCGUGCGAGGCAGUUGUUCAUCAGUUACCUGGAUCUGUACUCGACAUUGAAGUAUACGAUGAAGAUCAGUCGUCAAAGGACGAUUUUCUUGGAAGGACUGCCCUCAGCAUACCUGAUCUUGCCGAAAAAUGUACAGCAGACAUGUGGCUCAAGCUAGAGGCUGUAAAAAGUGGACAAAUCCAUAUUAGGACCGAGUGGGUCACACUCAGCGCCAAUCCUGCUGAUCUCGAACGGGAAUUGGAAUACAAACGUUCGCUGACGUCGAACCACCAACAUUCGCUCGGCCUAAUCGCCGUCUUUCUGGACUGCGCCUCCGCACUCCCGCGGGUUACUCAGUUUCAAUCCGACCCGGAUACGCCCGUGACGACAAGCGACGAUGAACGGCAAUUACGCGGAGAAGGUUGUGGACUUGAAAAUAACGAUGGGCUUAUUUGGCAUAUGUUCGCGCCGUUCAAGAAUUUGGCGAUAGAUUUUAAACGUGCCCUCCAGGACCACGUCUCGCCAGUUAGUAAGGUGGGCUCGAAGGCAGCGGAGCCGUCGUGUCAGGUAGUGCUGAGCGUUGACAAAGAGGAACGUCGGAGCACGAUCGUGGCCAAUUCGAUCAAUCCUGUCUGGGAAGAGACGUUCUCAUUUCUGUGUGCCAACCCCGAUAUCGGCGAGGUGAAUGCGCGAGUCCUUGACACUAAAAGUGGUCAAUGUGUUGGUAGUGCCUCGGUCAGCACAGCCAGACUCUUAAAGGAGGGCGACAUGCGUCUCGAUGAACCGCUUGCCCUCAAAGGAACCAACAACGCCAAGCUUAUGCUUACACUCCAGCUUCGCAUUCUUCAAAGCAGUGGCAAUUUGGUAGGCGGUGGCAAUCGCUCGACCACACCCGGUUAUUCGCGUAGUUCGUCGGGGCAACACGGCGAUUAUCCGCCGUCCGGGGAAGGCGGCUCAGUAGUCAGCACACAGGGCCCUUCUACACACACGUUUGGGAGUGGCAUUGUGCCCCUUUCGCAGAGUGGCAUGCCCUCAACACCGCGAAAGACUGAGCUACCUUCGAUGGAUGAGAUGGUCCAUUCAACCAUUUCACCGAUCCUCGAAACUUUCCAUGGAUCCCGAACGAGUCUCCAAAGGCCCACCCUGAGCCCAUCGUUAGGUGGCCUCGGCAGCUCCUCGACGUGGAACACGCAAAUGCGUGUCACCCUUCGAUAUAGCCCUCCCCGAAACAGACUCGUGUGUGUUAUACAUCAAGUCAAAGAUUUGCCACCGCCUGUGGUGGCCAGUGACGAAGAAGAAGUCUACGUCAAGGUGCAACUGAGUCCGUGCGAUACGGUAAAACACAAGGAAAACUGGCACAAAACACGGCCGAUCAGGGUCAAUUCUUCCGGGAUCAUCGAUUUUGACGAAACGUUGGAAUUAGACGUGGCCGCUCACGAGCUAGCGUUGGUGUCCCUACAACUGCAAUUACGGUGUCGCAGUACAAAACGUGCAAGCGUGUUUAACAUGAAUAAGCGAAUCAUAAACUUGAACCACAAUAACGCCAAAAGAAAACUUUUAGGACAACUUAUCCUAUCACUGGAUCAACUUAACGGAGUCACCGCACUCACGGAAUGGUACUUCCUGUCGCCAGCAUAAGACACCUUUCAGCCUCGCGUAUCCUCGUCAUCAUCAUCGGCCUUUGCCUUGACAGAGCUCACGUUCCUUUUCUCUAAUAGGAAUUAAAGCAAUUCCUGGCGACGCAAUUCCCGCAUCGCGUCGAUCCUCAGCGUCACACGGCCGCCGGAACAAUAACAACGUUCUCUAUCAGUAACUACCUGUACCUGUUGUUACAAAGGCUGAAGAAGAAUGUACCGUGUAGGUCAGGCUGAGCCGACCUUCAGUCUUCACUUACUUCGAUCUGGUGGUCAGGGCGUGCGUCAAAUGAAACACUUCCGGAGUGAGAUUUUCCUAUAAAAGAGAAGCGCUGGUCAACGAAUCGCUUCACGGUGCACCUCUGUAACAGCAAGGGCGUAACUAAAGAAACUAUUAGUCUAUUAGCACAAUCACAGCCAGCCAGAAAGGGGAAGGAUGGAAGUCGGCUUCUGAGCAUCUGAAUGAUUGAGGCUGAAUAGGUCAGGCCUUUCCUGUAACCGACAAACCAACUAAGCAGUAUUUGACAUUCCUGAUAUUUAAUUCUGUGUGAAUUUCGAAAGUGCAUUGCGUCAGUCAGCGUGUCGUAUCAGUAUUACUAAAUACAGAAGUAAAAAAUCAACAUCGAUGAUGACGGCUCUUGUUAUGGUUCAAAUGGCAGUAGAAAAAGAUUGGGAUAAUGUAAGCUACGGGCUCAUGCUAUACGUGACGUAGGUUUCUUGAUAUUUGACGAUUAGUAGGGUGAAAUCUUUUUUGGAUAAUUUUUGCUAUUUUUUUUUUUAUUGCGACACGAUUCGAUAGUCGUAAGGGCCGAGGUCAUGGCGCCAUGUUGAGCUCCGAUGCGCUAUUAUUAUGUCGAUUAUCAUCCGUUGGUAAGACAUAACAUGGACGUAACAUGGCUGAGCACAACGGAAUAUAUAUAAUACGAUCCCCUAACGGGAAUGACCUAUAACUAUAAAUAAACGCAUACAUUGAAAGUAAG